UCUCUUUCUAGUGAAUUCCAAGGAGACAAUAAGUUUUAUGAAUCAGUUGAUUUCUAAUUUUGCCGAUUUGGCGGAGCGGCGCAUGACUCUUUCAUUCUGUUGUUUAAUAAUAUGGCAACUCGAGUAUUGAAGCACAUUUCUCAUGUAAUGUUGCGGUUUUUUGUUUGUCUUUGGUUAUAACAGUGAGUCAGUGCCCUUAAGUUGUUUUUUCAAGAAUUUUUUAAUCAAAUAACAACAAUGUCGUACGGUACUUUAAACGGCACCACCAAAGAGACUCCCGAAAAUGGAGACAUCCAGGAAAUCGAGGAGGAGGAGGAGGAAGAAAUCAUCCACUUGGAGUACUUCGACGAGGCCCUCCAAGUCCACCUGCUGAAGUCUCUGAACAUGAUGAGAAAAAGUCGCCACUUCUGUGAUGUUAUUCUUCACGUUGGCAAUACAGAAGUACACGCCCACAGAUCUGUUCUGGCCAGCAUAUCGCCAUAUCUUUUUGAACUGUUUACUACUGACCAAGAUCAAAAGAGGACCGAAAAUGUGAUCACCUACAGAUUGAAUGGAGGUUUUGAUACGACAGCUUUACAAAUUUUGAUCGAUUACGCCUAUACCGGCAAGCUUCGCGUCCACUACAAUAACGUAAAAGCAGUGUUUUUGUCUGCAAACAACCUAAAAAUGGAACGAGUAACCAGAAUAUGUGCUCAACAUCUUAUCAAACAUCUCUCUGCUGAGAACUGCGUUGAAAUUAGAUCUCUGCCAGGUAUUGCCAGAAAUAAGGAAUUCAUCCAACAAGUGGAUACCUUUAUUGCCAAAGAGUUUGCAGAAAUCAGCAAAUCUUCCACAGUGCUAAAUCUCUAUUGCGCUCGGAUUGAAGUCCUAAAUCAAUCUCGCGAAGAAAUGUCUCUGGUGAACGAAAACUCACUCUGUAGGCUAGUUCUUGAAUGGAUCAGGCGGCAGAUCAGUGACGAGCACCUCCUAAUAUCUGAUCUGUCUGAAAAAACAUUUAUGUUGUACCUCGCUCUAGAUAAUUCUCUACAAGACUGUUCUAGCCUCCCGUCGGGCGAUAUUAGCGACACUGAAAUGGUUCAGGACUACAAGAAGCUCUCAUUGAAGGACAAACAGGGGGUGUCUAAACCAAAAAGAAAGGUUCUCGGACAGCCUUCUAAACCACGGGUGUUAAUUUAUAAUAGAGAUAUUGGAGAAGAAUUGGAUAAUGAACUGGAACCGGAUUGGAAUCUUAUAGCGACAACUGCCGUGAGUGAACACAGCUUUUUGGGUUUGGUCACCUUAGCCGGAAAGUUGUCCACACUUUCCAUACAGUUAAAGUUAAACACACCUUCUACUCCUUCUCCGGUCCAGACACCAGAUGCCAGUAGAUCUGCUAGUGAAGACAAACCUGAUCUCUAUUGUGCGGUAGCUAACAUGUUGUGUCAUAGGUGUGCUCAUGGAUGUGGUAAUUACAACAAUACUCUUAUAGUGUGUGGUGGUUAUGAUAGGACAGAAUGCUUGAGAUCUGCAGAACAAUACAUUCCAGAAACGAAUACUUGGAAAAAUCUUCCUCCGAUGAGGGAAAGCCGGGGUCGUUUCAAAAUUGCCGUCCUAGACGACAAAAUUUAUGCCAUAGGUGGUAGUAACGGAACUACGGAAUUGGAUUCUGUCGAAAUGCUUGACUUUUCCGUGGGAAAAUGGGUGAAACUUCCGAGGAUGCCUCUCGCCCGAAGUAAUAUGGGUGUAUGUACGUUGGACAAGAAGAUAUACUGUAUCGGUGGUUGGAAUGGACAAGUUGGUAUCAAACAGUGCCACGUAUACAAUCCCGAAUCGGCUGCUUGGACAUCCAUAUCAUCUUUGAAUGCAGGCCGAUAUCAAGCUGGUGUCACAGCAUACAAUAACCUGGUAUACGCCAUAGGGGGCUCAGACGCAUGGAACUGCCUCUCGUCCGUGGAAUACUACAACCCGGUAGAUAACACUUGGCAUUUAUCCAAGCCAAUCAUUACAGCCAGAAGAGGCUGUGGAUUGACUGUAUUCAACAACAAGAUGUACGUCAUCGGAGGUUCGGACGGCUCGCAUUCCUUGAAUACGACUGAAAUUUUUGAUGAAGAGACGCAGACUUGGACGUUUGGACCAGCCAUGACAACUUCGAGGGCAAAUAUGGAGGUGGCAGUUGUUGGGGAUAGGUUAUACGCCGUUGGGGGAUUUUCAGGUAAGACAUUCCUGAACACGAUAGAGUACUUGGACCUAAAUUCGAACGAGUGGACCACAUUUGUACCAAAGGGCACCUGUGAAAUCCUGAACAGGAGGAAACCGAGGAGCCGCAAGAACUCCAGAAAGAGCGUUUCGGAGGACAAGAAAUCGCUCAACUCCCCCAGUACACCAUCAGACAUAAUAGAAAACCCCAUGGUCUCCCAAGCGCUCCAGCUAUCAAUGGAAGAAGCUGUUAUUGACAAUUCGUAAAAAAUUAGAUAAUAUAUAUCUUAUAUAUCUUUAAUCAUCAGUAUACAUCUGAUAGGUAUAUAUUUAAUCCAGAAUAAGUAUUAUAUUCAUGUUGUACUGAAGAAUAACUCAGCUUCAUCUUCAUUGAUUAUAUUUUUUUAAGAAAAAUUUCUAAAAUAUCAAAUUGCUUUCUUUUAGGAAGUAUGUAGAAUUUUACUUUAAUAAAUUGAUUAUUAAGGCGUUCUCCAAGUUAAUAAGUUCCUUUAUAUGCGGAGUUUUAUUUUUACAAUAGUCUAAUGUAUUUUCAAUGUGACCUAAAUAUAUAUAUUAUAGAUUAGGAAAAUCAUAAAUCUUUUCUAUUCUUAUUCUUGUCGUAAUCUGUCUUUUUUUUUGGGGCGGGUUUUAUCAA